AUUAUAAUCAUCAAUAUUGUGUGUCUCUAUUCCAACACUUUCUCUCAAUUCGCAUAUUUGCUGACUAUUCCGUGAUUAGUGGGGAAAAAAGUAAAAGACAAUUUCAUUAGCGCUUUAGCUGUUCGAACUUUUGCCGAGCUGAGAGGGAGAGAUGACUCUGGGUCUGAUCAACGCCAACCCUGUGGUCCACGCUAAGAAGGAAAGGGUCGCCCGCAACGACGAUUCCCACGCCGAAGACGCCGUCGAUCCCCUCGAAAUUUAUGAUUAUGUGAGGGAUAUAAGAGAUCCGGAGCACCCGUAUUCUCUGGAGCAGCUGAGCGUCCUCUCUGAGGAGUCUAUUACUGUUGAUGAGAAGCUUGGCCGUAUUCUGAUAACAUUUACCCCGACUAUCCAGCAUUGCAGCAUGGCAACAGUGAUUGGUUUGUGCUUAAGAGAGAAACUGAAGGAUUGUUUUCCUCCACAUUUCAAGGUCGACAUUAAAGUGGCUCCUGGAUCGCAUGCAAACGAGGAAUCAGUUAAUAAGCAGUUAAAUGAUAAAGAAAGAGUGGCUGCAGCAUUGGAGAAUCCCAACCUCCGCCAACUAGUAGACGAGUGCCUUUAUUCCAGCGAACUUUGAGUAGCUUCCAUGUUUCACCCUGCCCAAUAAAUUUGUACAGUCGCCUUUUUGUUCUUAUCCGUGCGAGUAGACUUAGUUCUAACUUCUACUUGUAUGUAUGUGUAUUUUACAUGUUGAGAAAUUAUUCGGGUUUUGUCGCUAAUCCUAAUUGAUAAUGAUAUAAGAAUCUCCAGA